UGGAUAAAAUUUAUGAGCACCGUUACUGCGUUGACAGCAACCUUUUUUGCUUGAACACUGUCGCCAUGGAAGUCGUUCAAGUUCAACCACGCGAUUCUUACCUACACUAUGUGUACGUUCCUUCAAGGAAUACUUGUAUACGCUGGUCUUUCACGACCAAAAACAAGAACAUCGGUUUCGGGCUGUACCGUCGCAAAGGGACAUCGUUACCUUCAUCGUCCAAUAUAAUUUUUCGAGCUCAUCAGCCAGUAGAACAGCGCCAACUAACUGCACCACCGAGAGAUCUAUAUAAUGCUGAACAGGAUGAUGCUGAAAACAGCUGCGCUGAUGAUUUACCUGCUUGUAAUGAAUCUCUAUACAGCAAUAACAAUGCUGCAUAUAAUCGUCCUCGGGCAAAAUCGGUCGCAUCGAUCCAGCUGAAAGAGCAGGGGCUCGACGAGAUUCUUCCAAUUUAUCGCACCAAUUCAAGUAACACCAAAAUCGAGGGCUCUUAUACAGUUGAUGAACCCGGCAAUUACGUACUCGUCUUUGGUAAGAACCUACACAUUGUUCACAAAGGAGUUUUGUGCAGCUUUUCCGUUGCACUGGCAGAUGCACAGACCACCAUUGACGCUGAACCUAAAAGUGGGGUUUCUGGAUGGCUUUUGAAAAAGAAACGGAAGCGAAUGCAAGGCUGGGCGAAGCGAUGGUUUCAGCUGUCCUCAUCAGGGUUGUUAUCUUAUGCAACUUCUCCUGGUAAUGUGAUUCGUGGAUCUAUCCAAAUUAUGGUGUCUACCAUUUCCGUCAAUCCAAAGCAACGCUCUAUCCACAUCGACUCCGGUACCGUCGUUUAUCAUCUGAAAGCGCUCACUGUUGAAGACCAUGAGAAAUGGACCGAGGCUUUGCGCGCUUAUCGAUCUUAUGCUCGAGAAGAAGAGGACUUGGAUACGACAGCUGCACACCAGGAAGACCAUGCAGAUAUUCAUCAUGUGAAUGGCACGCAUGAACACAGCGAGAGCGCGCAACUAGAGAUCGAGCGGGGCAUCGAAGAAGUAAAACGUUUGAUACAUCUUGCGGCAAACAUGAGAAGGAAAGCCGAUACAUUUUUCGGUCAAUUAGAUGGAGACGAAAGCUUGGCAGCGUCAAUAGCUGAUUAUAGACAAGAUCAAGAGACACUGAGACAGCUCGCUGAUCAACAGUAUACGCAGUGGAACCGAGCAAAAGAAGCGAUCAGCAGCACUCCAUUGACGAACCCCCGAGUCAACCGGUUGAGCCACCAGCAGCAACCAUCGCCUAGAUCUCACAGCAUCCAAUUAAGUCGAAGCGAUAGUGCUCGUUCAUGCGCCUCCACCUAUUCAGAUCAGUUCUUUGAUGCUGAGGAUAUCAUUAUCAAUGGUGACGAAGAAGAAGAUGAAGACGAUAGUGAUUUGGUCGUUGACAACGAUAGCGAUGAUGAAGAAAGCAACGAAAGCAACGAAAUCAGCGACGAAGGACGUGAUUCUGCGUUGGAUUUGACAAGUCUCAGUGAUUGCCAUCGCCGAUCUACUUUGCCUUCUGUUGCCGUUGGAGAUAUCGGCUCAGCUUUAUCCGUGUUUCGAAAGAAUGUUGGCAAGGAUCUCUCGACUAUCUCCAUGCCAAUCAAUAUGAAUGAACCGCUGAACUUGCUGCAAAAGGCUUGCGAAGAUCUAGAAUACUCGGAACUUCUGGAUAAAGCUUCCACGUUAAGCAACUCUAUGGACCGAUUGGUUCAUGUAGCCGUUUUUGCUGUAUCCAGUUACGCAUCCUCUCAAUACCGAACAGGGCGAAAGCCUUUCAAUCCCAUGAUGAGUGAAACUUACGAGUGCAUUCGUCCCGACAAAGGAUUCCGAUACAUCGCCGAAAAAGUAUCUCACAAUCCUCUCAUCAUUGCAGCUCAUGCCGAAUCGAAAAAUUACAAAUUCUGGCAAUGCACCAAAGUGAAGAGUAAAUUCUGGGGCAAAUCUAUGGAAUUCAUGACGGAAGGCAAUUUUCAUGUUCAGCUGACGGGACACGAUGAUCAUUUCACAUAUUCCAAACCCUCCAGUUGGAUGCGCAAUAUGAUUGCCGGGGAGAAAUACUUGGAGCAUGCUGGAGAACUGUGUAUUCGGAACCAUAACACCAAUGAAUAUGCCAUCAUCACUUUCAAGGAAGGAACGGGCGGAGGUUUGUUUGGAACACCUACCAAACGUAAUGAAGUAAUCGCCACAUUUUACGACGCCUCGGAUAAGAAAUGCCGAAGAGUGGUUGGAAAAUGGAGCGAUAAACUCGCGGAAGAAGUGGACAUGAACAAGCGACAACUCUCCGUUUUGUGGACGGCCAACCCUCCUGGCAUUGAAGACUAUGCCAAGUAUUAUGGCUUUACAAAAUUCUGUAUAGAAUUGAAUGAAAUUACUUCCAUUGAACAAGGAAAACUGCCAAAGACGGACACCCGGUUGCGUCCUGAUCAACGCAUGUACGAAGAAGGUCUGGUGGAUGAAGCAGAUGCAGAGAAGCAACGCAUUGAGCAGAAACAACGUGAUCGACGUAAGGAAUUAGAGCAACAAGGCGUUCCAUGGGAGCCACGCUGGUUUGUGUUGCAGGAUGACGCCUUUGCUGAGCCUGGAUUCAUUCCCUCAAGUAAUGAAAGCCAAUCAUGGCAGUACAACGGUCAAUAUUGGCAAUCGCGUGAAGCUCAACAAUGGCCAAGCGAUUUAUUAGAUCUUUGGUGAUAGAGCUUAAACUUUUACAUAUACCAUCUUUUGUAUCCAUUUUUUUUUUUCGGUUAAGUUAUGCAAGUUUUAUGGACAAACACUGUUCUUAUUUUAUUUAUUACAAAUUUGAAAGCG